AUGGCCGUCGACGCUGAAGAUGUGCCACUGUUGGCCAGCGGCGCCAACAAGGGCACCGCUGUGCUGGGCAAGAUGCAUUUCCUGGCGCGCGAGGCCAAGUAUGCGCACGAAAAGCCGUACACGCUGCGGUACACGCCGGCGCCCGAGAGCGGCCUCCCGCAGACCAACAUUGCGCGCGUCGAGCACCCGGUCGUGUUCCGCGACUGGCGGGGGCGGACGGACCUGCCGUACGACGAGUGCGGGUUUGGGAUGGUGACGCUGGACGACGAGCUCGACGGAAGGUUUGGCGAACGGUUCGGCUACGACGACUACGAGCACAGCGACCGCAUCGAAGGCCGGCAUGCGCCGCGCGUGCUCGAGGCGGUGCGGGCGGCGCUCGGCGCCCAGUCGGCCGAGCUGGUCGACUACGUCGUGCGGCGGCGGCAUGCGGCGUGGCCGGUGUCGACGGGCGAGCCGUAUGCAUUCCAGCAGCCGGCAUCGCGCGCCCACAUUGACCAUACGCAUGCCGGCGCGGUGGCCGUGAUCCGCGAAGCACGCGGCGCAGAGGCAGAGGCCGUCCUGUCGCGACGGUGGCAGCUAGUAAACGCGUGGCAUCCGCUGCGCGGCCCGUUGGUGGACUGGCCGCUGGCCGUGUGCGAUGCGCGCACAGUGGACUUUGCACGCGACACCAUGGCGGGCGACGUGGUGGACCGGCACCAGGUGUUUGAGAACACGCAGGUGCACUUUGACGCGCGGCAGGCGUGGUACUACUUGCAGCACCAGAUGCCGGACGAGGUCGUCUUUUUCAAGAAUGCCGACAGCCGCGAGCCCCAAGGGGCGUCGCCGGGCGUACCACAUGCAGCGUUUGAUAACCCGUUGACGACAGACGAGGACGUUCGGCGCGAGAGCAUUGAGAUGCGCAUCCUUGUGGUGUGGUAG